CGAGCAUUGUCUGGGCUUCCCUGACUAGCCCGCUGUUUGCUAAAACACUCGCACCACAGAACACAAGGACCUCAAGGAACUAGCACUACUGCUCUUUUCUCAGGAGAGUUACGGUAGGCGGGCAACGUCAUAUCGGAUCCUCCAGCCACUGUAGGUUUAAAGUUUCAGCAGCUCUGGAAACACGAUAGGAACCGGUGUACAGUCCGGCUGUUAACUAAAGGCUAGCCCCUAAACUAUGCCGGCUGCUUGUCUAUCUGUGGGAAGUAAUUAAUAAGCAUGAUAAAGGUAAUAAGUGCCAGAGGGGGAAUGUAUGGGUGUAUGGAUAUCAUUAACUGAACAGUGCACACGCCACUGACGCCAGGGGAGAAGUUAUAACUUGUCACUAACAAACCAAUCAGCUUUCACAAUACUUGUCUCCCUUGGACUGAGUGCUGUGUCUGUUCUUGGGCUGUACGGUCUUUGCCAGCGGUCGGACCCAUUCCAAGGAGUCCCGGGGGAGCCCUAUUCCCCCUGUGGUCGACUAGAGCAGAAUGGCAGAGCCUUGUUCGCUGGACCUGCGAGACAUUGAAGUGAAGAUGGGGCGCAAAGUUCCUGAGAGUCUGGCAAAGUCCCUGAGAGAAGAGCAUUACUGGGACUGGAGCAAGGACGGGCGAGAUGGAUACGCCUCGUACCCACAGAUACCUGGCACCUUCCCACAGAGCAGCUCCCUGGAGAGGCUGGAGAAUAAGAUCCAGCUCCUGAAGCAGGAUAUGGUAUAUCUGCGAGCUACUGAUGUGAAACUGAUGAGGCAACUGUUGAUUAUAAAUGAGAGUAUUGAGUCCAUCAAGUGGAUGAUGGAAGAGAAGGACAUUGUUACAAGCCAAGGUAGUAGCCUAAGUGGGAGCCUUUGUAGCUUAUUGGAAAGUCAGGACGCAUCAUCGAGAGGAAGCUGCAACAGUUUACAGGACUGCAGCGAUGGAAUGGAUGAGAUGUCAGUAGGCAGUUACCUGGAUACUCUUGCAGAUAUUGUUCCAAGGCAUUGUACUCCUGAUUUUGACCAGUUCAGCGACACACAAGAGAACGCAAGCAACCAUCAACUUAUUAGUAAUAAUUCAAGCAAUCAAUCUGAUGAAUACUAUUGCUUUAGAUAGGCUGCUGGCUUUUUGAUGUCCAUAUUGGAUCAUAAAUGCAGUGCUGAGAGCACACAAGGAACUACACAUAAGAGCAACAACAAAAGAUCUUUAAAGCAACAGUAGCAAUAAAAUACACAUUCUGCCUACAGGUCAGCACUGUCUGUAGGUAUACCAGAUAUGUAGAGGUUGCCAGAAUUAUAGGUCUUCACCAGAUUUCCAAUGCACUUAUGACACUUGAGGCUUUUUGUCUCGGCAAAUAGAUGAGCAAAGUCACUAACCUUAACCUGUGGAAAUCAUGAUUCCUGUACCUGUAUUGCACUGGCUAUUCUUUCUCUAGUUUUUAUAAAAAAAAUUAUAUUUCCAGCCCACAACAGUAAGCUUGUGGCACCAACAUUCAUAUUAUUAAAUGGGGUUUUUAAUGGCUGUUUUAACACACGUUGCCUUUAGCACUUCCUGUUUUGUGGUAUCGCAAGAGGUUAAAUAUGUGUGACCUGGAAAUUAGGAAUGCACAGAAGAAUUUCUACUGAGUUUUUACUUUUUAAAUGCAAGUUCUUCAUUUUACAAGAUCUUUAUUUUAAGUGUUACAGUCCCAUUUGUAUGGUCAGUCCAGUCAAUACUGUUUUCAUGCAAGAUGCACUGUUGAAGUAUUUAUUAUUGUAAUAAUACCUUUUUUUUUGAAAAGUCUAUGUAUAAUAUAAUAACACGGUUUUUGAAAAACAAUCAGGGAAAGGUGUUCUAUAUAAUAAUAAAAAUGCCACACUUUCAAAUACAAAACUUUGAAAGUGUUGAAAUUGUUUUCUCUCAAUUACCAACAUACCAAUAUAACUAACAUUGCCAAUGUAUUUACUACAAUAAUAAUGACAUUUCUGUCUUUUAAUCCAGAAAAAAUUAAACAUAAUAAUAAAAUAAGGUAUGUUACUAUAUUUCCUGUUUUUGUUGCUACUACCCUUGUUAUUUUUUGCUAAAUAAGAUGUAUAAUGAAUAACGUACCCACAUGCAAGUAAGCAAAAUAAUAUUAUAUGUCAAGAAGGUCUCCAACCAUAUACACAAUGGGCAUACUCCAGGGUGAUUAGUAAUCUGUAGUGAUGGGCGAAUCUGUGGUGUGAAAAAUUUGCGAAACAGCCCCAGCCGGUUUUUUUUUUGCCGCGGGUGAAUUUUCGCGGCGGUUUCGAAAAAAUUAAUCCCCGGCAGCGAAACGCGGGAAUUUGCCCAUCACUAGUAAUCUGUAUGUAUAUUUUUAUUGUUAUAGUACUAUUUUUUCCUAGCAGUGUUUAUAUUACACAAGAGCCAUGAAUAUCUUGUAAGAAUUCCACUGGGCUUCAUUUGGAGGGGUGGACCUUGAUGGACUUGGGUUUUUUUUCAAUCCAACUUAACUAUGUAACUAUGUGAUGCUUAGAGAUGUAAUUUGUAAUAUGUGUAACUGAAACUUGUGUAUAGUAAAAAUAUAGUAAAGUAUGAGGAUAUUAGAAGUCAACUUGGAGUUUCAUGACCUGCAUAAAUGCACUCAGCAUUUAUCCCUGUUCCUUUAUAUGGUGAUAGAACUCCUUGGUGACUUCUAAUAUCCUUAUAUUUUAUAAUAGGGGGUACAUAAUUCCCUGUACUGUAUAGUCAUUUCUCAAUACCCCAUACUGUAACUUAAAGUGAAAGACAGGGGCGCUCUGCCAAUGAGGCAGAGCCCCCCUGGUUGCCAGUGACAUCAAAUAUGCCGCUCCUGGUAACUAAGAGCCA